AUGAUUUUUAGUGGAUCGCUAAGAACUACUACCCCUGAGUAAAAGUCUUAGAUAAGAACAAAAAAACACUUCGAUUUAAAGCAUGACUUAGAUGAUCAAUUACUAUCUCUGAAGUAUUUGGACAAUUAGAACAUCAUUUAAUCUAUUAAAACUAAAAAGCACAUCUAACCAAUCAUCACCGAUUAAAAUAGCAAUAUGAGAAAAUUGAGGAGAUCUAUUUCUCCUCUAUAAAAUAGUUAAUUGGAUAGAAGUCUAGUACCUAAAGUUGAUAAUGCACCAAAAACACCCCAAAAAUCAAGACUUUAUGCUAAUUUAUUCAAUAAUACUUGUUCGUUUGAAAACAUUUGUUUGACGUAAUGCAACCAUUGUAAAUCCAAUAAUAAAGAGAAUUUGCGUAUAUAAACAUCUCCUAUUAAGAUGACACAAUCCAUUUUAAAAAUAGAACCUCAAUCCUGUCUAACAAGCAGAGGAAACUAUUUUAAAAAAUGA